AUGGCGGACGCUGAAGAGAAAGCGCGGCAGGAAAAGAUUGCGGCCGCAAAGAAGCGCCCCCGUCAGGUCGAGCAACGCAAGAAGAAGAAGGACAAGAAAGCCGCCGACGCUUCAAAAGAUGACAUAAAGGAGGAAUCUGUUGAUGCAGCUGAAGACGGGGUUCCCGAAGUCACCAAGGACGAUGUCAACACGGCAAAGGACUCCGCUAUCGAGGAUAAGUCUGAUGACAGCAAGGCCGACGAAUCUGAGCCCACAUCUGCACCUUCUUUGGCUGAACAGUCAAAGGCAAGGUCUACAUCAUUCCGAGCGAGCUCCAUAUCGGGCAUGCCUGCCUCACCAGGGCCGUUAAGCCCGGACGGCGACACUGCGCCAGACAUCUACAGAAAGCACGUCGCCCGAAUCGAGGAGCUAGAAAAGGAAAACAAGCGCCUUCAGAGAGAAUAUUCUGACUCGGAGAAGAGAUGGAAAAAGACGGAGGACGAACUUGCUGAUCUACGGGAAGCUGAAGACAAAAAGAAUUCAGACGAUACGGAGAAGCUGAAGGGCGAAAUUGCUUCUCUGGAACGAAAGAAUACCCAGCUUCAGCAGCAGAUUUCGCGCGGCUCCGGCCACGCGCACCGCCAAUCCGUUUCCACCACAUCGCCGCCCCCGGCGCUCCAGGCCGAACUCGAUUCCAAGACGUCAACAAUCGAAUCGAUGGAAAUUGAGAUCUCUAAGCUGCGCUCGCAACUCGAGCGGCACCAGAGCGGAGCGUCGUCCGAGAAGGAGCAGGUCGCCGCACUAGAAGACAAGGUGGCACGUGCCGAGGCUGCUGCUGGCAAAGCGCAGCGCGAACUGCAAGACGUCAAGAAAAACCUGGAACGCGCCACCGAAAAGGCGGUCCGCGAAGGCAGCGAGCGAUCCAGCGCCGAAACCAAGGCGAGCACGUUGGAGCACGAGCUGGCGGCGCUGAGGGCAACCCAUGAGGAGCUUGCCAAGAAGGCCGACAGCUUCGAGAAGAAGGCGGCCACGCUGACUACGUUGCACAAGGAGCAGGACGCUCGCUCGCAGGUGCUGAAGCGCGAAAAGGACAAGGCCGAGGCCGAGCUCGCUGAGCUCCGCACCCGCGUUGAGAAGCUUGAGGGCGAGAACACCAAGCUGCGCAGCCGCAAGUCCACCGAUGGCGGCGGCGGCCUCGACGACGAGGGUAUGGACGAGCUUGAAAACGAAGAACGCCAGCGUUUGGAGAAGAAGAUUCGUGCCCUCGAGAAGGAGGUGCACGAGCUGCGCAGCGGCGAGUGGAUCCAGCGCCGCCGCGACAUGGAGUCGUCGUCGGGCUUCCAGGACGUCGACCUGUCAGCGCCAUACGGCUCGCCCGCGCAGCGCAAUAACUCGAGCGGCGGCAUCGGCCAAUUUCUCACCAACGGCCUCAAUGCGCUCGCCGGUGGCGGCGAUGACGACGAGGGGCUCCUCGAGGACGACGACGCCGAGUUUGACGAAGAGGCGUUCCGCAAAGCGCACGAGGAGGAGCAGAUGCGCCGCCUGGAGCGCAUCAAGGAGCUGAAGCGCGCGCUGAAGCACUGGGAGGGCUGGAGGCUGGACAUUGUGGACCUGCGCCGGGGCGGCGUGCUUGGUGUGGGGGAUAUUUUUGAUGUCUAA